AUGGCACGUGUGACAGUCAUUCAUGUCCUGCUGAUAUUGAGCUUUUUCCAACAUAAGAAACUGUUUUCCACAGUCCUGGCAAGUGGAAAAGAAGACAUAAAGGAUGCACUUAGGCUGCAUAAUGUUAUGUGGGCCACCAAGGAUGAUUCAAGAGUCAUUUUGUCCUGGAACAACAACCUGACAAAAGAAGAAACCAAGAAAUACAUCGUGAAGUAUAUUUUGAGUUAUAAGUUCUUCAAUACCACUAAGGAGAGGAAAGAAAGACUGCAGGAGAAGGAAAAGAUAAUACAUCUUCAAUUACACUCUGGUUUUAAUGCUAAAGUUAAGACACAACUUUUUGCAAAAGAAACAGAAGACAUAAUUAAGGAGAGUGACUGGACAGAACUUACUUACAAGGCACCUCCAGUUUACAUUCAGAAUCUUUCAUGCAUCAUAUAUAACAUUUCUUUUUUCAAUUGCACCUGGCACAUCAAAGCAGAAGCUCCUGAAGAUAUCCAGAUCUUUACCUCAUACAGACAUGUAGGAAAGGUUUUUGCAUGCCAGCAAUAUAUAAAAAAUGCAAGGAAGAAAAAUAUUGGAUGCUAUAUGAAAGAAAUACAUUUCCAACCAUCAAGGAAAAUAAAUUUAAACAUAACUGUGAGAAAUUUGAGAAAUAGUUCAAGAGUACUGUCUUAUUUCAAAGCUUUCACACCUCAGAAAAUAGAGAAGCUGAACCCGCCAAUCAACGUCUCAGUUUCUCUCGAAAACAAAAGUAUUAAAAUUCAUUGGAAACCUCCACCUACCAUUGGUUCAGCAAGGGAAAAGUGUUUUUUGUACCAGGUGAAAAUAACAGAUCAUAAGAUUGCAAAUGUCACUGCAGAGAACUAUAAGUAUCCAUUUCAUAAGCCAGGAAAAAGAUGUGCAGCACAAGUGAGGGUAAAGAAAGAGAUUUGCAUAGCAAACAAGAUCUGGAGUGAAUGGAGUGAACCAGUGUUUAUUCAUGAUGAAAAGACAGUGGAUAUCCUACUGCUAAGCCUCACAUUGUUUUGUUCUCUGGUUUUCCUUGGAGGCCUGCUGAUAUAUGCAUGUAGAAGGUACGGAUGCCUGGAAGUUUUAACCACACCUGUUCCACAUCCUUCAAACAGUAUCAAAACGUGGUUAGCAGAUGAGACUCACCACCAGCAACAUAUGUCAAUGCAAAUGGAGAUGAACUCAGAGGUUACUCUGGGAACACCAGAAGAGAACAGAGAUGAGAACAUUCAACUGCAGAAAUGUUUGAAGGAAUUCGUGUUAGAAGACCUAUAGAGAUGACAUGCCUUUUUUAUCUGCAUGCAAGUGUACUUUCCCAUGAGGUGGACAAUAUUCCAAUAGAUCAAAAAGCUGAUAUGGGAGUUUGUCUGAGCCCAAUAACUUCUGCUCUGAAAACAUGCAACUCUUAAAAUUAGCUUUGGAUCACAGACACCAAGUAGUAUCUUGUAGUUUGUUUCUAAAAAUACUGAUCUUCAGACCAGUAAAAUUAGAGCA